AUGGGGAGUGGAGAGCCUAAUCCUGCUGGCAAGAAAAAGAAGUACCUCAAGGCUGCCCUGUACGUGGGUGACUUGGACCCAGAUGUUACUGAAGACAUGCUAUAUAAAAAGUUUAGGCCUGCUGGCCCUCUGCGCUUCACCCGAAUCUGCCGUGACCCAGUGACCCGCAGUCCCCUGGGCUAUGGCUAUGUUAACUUCCGCUUUCCUGCAGAUGCUGAGUGGGCCCUGAAUACCAUGAAUUUUGAUUUCAUUAAUGGCAAACCUUUCCGCCUCAUGUGGUCUCAGCCAGAUGACCGCUUAAGAAAGUCUGGAGUUGGAAAUAUAUUCAUCAAAAACCUGGACAAAUCCAUAGACAAUAGGGCCCUUUUUUAUUUAUUUUCUGCUUUUGGGAACAUUCUCUCCUGCAAAGUCGUAUGUGAUGACAAUGGCUCUAAGGGUUAUGCCUAUGUGCACUUUGACAGCCUGGCAGCUGCCAAUAGAGCCAUCUGGCACAUGAAUGGGGUGCGGCUCAACAACCGCCAGGUGUAUGUUGGUAGAUUCAAAUUCCCAGAAGAGCGGGCAGCUGAAGUCAGAACCAAGGAUAGAGCAACUUUCACCAAUGUUUUUGUUAAAAACUUUGGAGAUAACAUGGAUGACGAAAAACUCAAGGAAAUCUUUAAUAGAUAUGGGCCAACUGAGAGUGUUAAGGUAAUAAGAGAUGCCAGUGGGAAAUCUAAGGGCUUUGGAUUUGUGAGAUAUGAGACACAUGAGGCUGCCCAAAAGGCUGUGUUAGACCUGCAUGGCAAGUCCAUCAAUGGGAAAGUUCUAUACGUAGGGAGAGCACAGAAGAAAAUUGAACGACUGGCUGAGUUAAGACGAAGAUUUGAAAGGCUUAGAUUAAGAGAAAAAAGUCGGCCUCCAGGGGUGCCUAUCUAUAUUAAGAACCUGGAUGAGACCAUCGAUGAUGAAAAACUGAAGGAGGAAUUUUCUUCCUUUGGAUCAAUUAGCCGGGCCAAAGUGAUGGUGGAAGUAGGGCAAGGCAAAGGGUUUGGUGUUGUCUGCUUCUCCUCUUUUGAAGAUGCUACCAAAGCAGUGGAUGAGAUGAAUGGUCGCACAGUGGGCUCCAAGCCUCUGCAUGUCACCCUGGGCCAGGCCAGGCGCAGGUGGUGAGAAUAAGAAUGCUCAAUUUGUUUCAUCCUUAAGCUGGUGCCUACUUAGUUUGGGCUACUUUGUGAUAAGAGGUUAUUUUA